GAGCGCAGGAUUGUACUGCACAUUAGUGGUGUUGCUGGCCUCAGCUGCUUUUUCCCCAGUGGAUGCCUGCUGUGCUUGGCCCCAGACUGCUUCUGCUAAUCCUGCCAGAGCAGAGCAGAGGAAGAGGUUCUGCUGCGCACACGCCACCACACACACCUGCCUGUCAACUGGGAGCUGAGAGGAACACCUAAGGGCAGCAGACUGACCACCAUGGACUUUGUUUUCUACUUGCUGUUCUCUCCUCUCCCGACCCCUGCCAUCAUCUCGCUUUUCGUCGUGGCAGCUGCCACCCUGUUUUACCUGAACACACGGCCCAGCCCCCUCCGUACCCCUGCUGACCUUAACCACCAAACUCUGGGUAUCAAGGGUGGGGCUAGGAAGACGGCUCUGCUUGAAAACAACAACAACUUGAUCUCGUAUUAUUAUGAUGACGCCAAAACAAUGUACGAGGUUUUUCAGAGGGGACUGAAAGUUUCAGGUAAUGGGCCAUGCUUGGGCUACAGAAAACCAGGAAGGCCAUACCAGUGGCUGAAGUACAGACAGGUGUCUGACAGAGCAGAGCACCUGGGGUCAGGCCUUCUCCAUCGGGGCUUGAAGCCAAACACAGACACUCUGAUUGGCAUCUUUGCUCAGAACAGACCUGAAUGGGUCAUCGGUGAGCUGGCCUGCUACACGUACUCCAUGGUAGCUGUUCCCCUGUACGACACCCUGGGUCCUGAGGCUCUUGUGUUCGUUAUCGAGUUGGCUGAGAUCUCCACAGUGCUUUGUGACAAUCAAAACAAGGCAGAAACACUGCUGCAGAACCGGGAGAGAGGCCAGACCCCGGUUCUCAAAACCAUCAUCAUCAUGGACCCUUUGAGCUCUGAGCUGGUAGAGCGAGGAGCCAAGUGUGGGGUGGACAUUGUGUCCAUGCAGGAGGUGGAGACUCUGGGGAAAAACAAUCUUCAAAAACCAAUUCCACCAAAGCCAGAGGACCUCAGCAUUAUUUGCUUCACCAGCGGCACUACAGGAAACCCCAAGGGAGCGAUGCUGACCCAUGAGAAUGUGGUCUCUGAUGCUGCAGGUGUCCUCAGAAGCUUUGAGACGUCACUUAGUCCAGAUGCCCAAGAUGUCAGCAUUUCGUUUCUGCCUUUAGCGCACAUGUUUGAGAGAGUUGUACAGACUGUAGUGUAUGGGGCUGGGGCCAGGGUGGGAUUCUUCCAGGGCGACGUCAGGCUGUUGGCAGAUGACAUGAAAACCCUGCAGCCCACCAUUUUCCCAGUAGUGCCUCGACUUCUCAAUCGUAUCUAUGACAAAGUUCAGAGUGAAGCCAAAUCACCUUUCAAGAAAUGGCUGCUGAACUUUGCUGUGCAGAGGAAAUUUGCUGAAGUGAAGCAGGGUGUCAUCAGAAACAACAGCAUAUGGGACAAGCUCGUCUUCCACAAAGUCCAGGGGUCUCUGGGGGGACGUGUGCGGUUUAUGGUGACUGGAGCAGCUCCCAUAUCUCCCUCUGUUCUCAACUUCCUCCGCGCUUCUCUGGGUUGCCAGAUCUUUGAGGGUUAUGGUCAGACUGAGUGCACAGCUGCCUGCACCUUCACCAUGCCAGGAGAUGGCACCUCAGGGCAUGUCGGGGUGCCGCUGCCAUGUAAUUUUGUGAAGUUGGUGGAUGUUGAAGAAAUGAAUUACUUUACUUCAAAUGGUGAAGGGGAGGUCUGCAUCAAGGGUAAAAAUGUGUUCACGGGUUACUUGAAAGACCCAGAGAGAACUGCAGAGGCCUUGGAUAAAGAUGGAUGGCUCCACACCGGGGACAUCGGAAAAUGGCUUCCAAGUGGGGUUCUGAAGAUCAUUGACCGUAAGAAGAACAUCUUCAAGCUGGCUCAGGGGGAGUACAUAGCACCGGAGAAGAUUGAAAAUGUGUACAUACGCAGUGGACCUGUGGGCCAAGUCUUUGUGCAUGGAGACAGUCUACAGUCCUGCCUGGUUGCCAUUGUGGUCCCUGACCAUGAGGUACUGCCACGUCUUGCCAAGAAUAUGAGAUGCCAAGGCUCCUUCGAGGAACUCUGCAAAAACUCAGAAAUUAAGAAAGCAGUUCUCUCAGACAUGACCAAACUGGGCAAAGAAGUGGGACUCAAGUCCUUCGAGCAGGUGAAAGAUGUGUACCUCCACCCAGAACCAUUCUCCAUUGAGAACGGUCUGUUAACCCCCACACUCAAGGCCAAGCGGGCUGAGCUCCGAGCCCUCUUCCAGCCGCAGAUCGACAAACUCUACGCUAACAUCCAAUAAAUGGAAUAAUACAAGUCAUCUAUGUUGGCUGUACCUCUGUUUGCAAUUACAACAUUAACCAACUCUCCU